GCUCCCAGUCGCGCAGAAAGCUAAAGUCGACGAACGUGAGAGACCAGCAAUUGGACCGACAAACGAGGUCCGACUGUCUCUCUGUCCAACGACAACAAAUCAUUCCAAACCUCCAUUCAUCAAAAGAUGAGUCGCACAUUGCUGCGCUCCGUCUUGGAGCUCAGGACACCCAUCACGCGCCUCCCGCCGACCUUCCUCCUCCCGACCCACGCCCGCCGCUUCAACUCCACGGCACCCAUCAUCGAGCCCGCCGCAACCGCACAAGAUGCGCCUCCCGUCGCCGCGCAAACCUCCUCAAUAGCACAACAGGCCGCCGCCGGCGCCGCCCAGACGUCGACGCCGUCCACAACGACCCCGAUCUCCGAAUCCGUGCAGGCGGCGCUGCCCUUCCUAGCGGCCCAGCCCAACCACUACAUCACCUUCCACAUCCACGGACGCCCGUACCUCGUCCAGCCCGGCGACAGCGUCCGCCUACCCUUCAAGAUGCCCGGCGUCGUGCCCGGCGACGUCCUCCGCCUCAACCGCGCCUCGGUCAUCGGUAGCAGAGAUUACACCCUCAAGGGCUCACCCUUCAUCGACGAGCGGGUAUACGAGUGCCGUGCCGUCGUAACGGGCACGGAGAGCGAGCCGAUGAGAAUGAAGGAGAAGACGAAGAGGAGGCAGCGAAAAGUGAAGACGGUCAAGAGCAAGCACCGCUACACGAUGCUGACGAUUAGCGAGCUGAAGAUCAAUGCGCCUGAGGAAAUUGAGGCUUAAGAGGCAGGGCUAGGGGAUGUGCAAGCUUGUUCGAGUAUGAAUCAGGAAUAGUAGGCCAUGGGUCGUAUGAUUCAAUGUCCUUGUAUUGUUCCCCACUGGGGCUGUACCAAUAGACAAAUAAAUACAUUCACG